GAGCACGCGGGCCUCUCUGAGCGGUGGGGCUGUGGUCCAUUUCUGAGCAGCCUAAUGCAGGAAUGUCCAGCUGGCUUCCAAGUCAUAUCUGGUUUCCCGGGCAAAGGGCUGGGUGGGAGAGGAUUCUUUCCCACUGCCUCACUGCCGCUCCGAGAAAGGAAGCGUGAGCGCCCAGGGCGGGUGCCCCUCGGGCAGCUCGUGUCCCGUCUGCGGGCAGUUGUGCCCUCCACGCUCCUGCCACCUGGAAGGGGACGCUGCACAUGCCACUUCAAGCAAACACUGUCAGCUCCAGCCGCACAGCAAAGCUCACCGCUUCUAGGAUCCUAAACCAGACAUGAGGUCAUGUUUUCCACCUGUGAAGAAUUAAAAAAAAAUACAUAAACAGUGGACAGAUGGUUGAAGAUGUGGCAAAAAAAUCGUGAAAAAAAAAUGACUGGCAUUUGAGAAGCUUUGCAAUAUACAAGUCUACCCGUGUACAUGAACGCUUUUGAUCAACCCCACAAGGCACAGGCAACCUGUCCAUCUCAGAGACAAGGAAACUGAGGCACAGAGAGGCUGAGUGAUGGGGCUAGUCUCAAACAGCUAGGAAUACGAGGGGCCAGGGCUCCAAAUCCUAUGUUUUGUUUUGUUUUGUUUUAAUGCUGGCUUGCAUCUCAAGUUGAUCCUUUUUAUCUGCCAGGUUGGCUACUGUUGGUUUUGACAAGCAGUGAAGGUGGGUGGGGUGGGUACCAUCAAGGGGUUCACUUUGGUCUCCCUUGAACCACGUCUGAGUGCUGAUCAGUGAGCAGGUGUCCCCACAGGCAGAUCUUAAGCUCUUUGGGCAAAAGGUAUGUUCUGAGGCUCCCAGAGAGCAGGAGCUGGAUCCUCCUGCUGGUUGGGAGUCUGACCCCUCCAUUCACAGAGCAAUGAGGAGCUGUUCUUUCUGAUUUGUUUGAACUGAAGUACCAAGACCCAGCUCCCUGUGACCAUGCCACCACUGGGUUCAAGGCUGGAGGUGGUGCCAGGCCUUGAGUUGGGGCUGGGACAGAGGUUGCUGGCUUUGGGGAGCCCACAGGGGCAGGCAGGACAGUCCACAAAUAGAUACAGAGGUACAGUGUGCUACAGGCUUCCAAGGGCUUUGGGCAUCUCGUGGAGCGGGGCACCUGUCUGGGACCAAGUACCUCUGCUUUCCCAGGGCCAUGGGGCGGGGGAGCAUGAGAAAGGAUCUUGAAAAGAAGGAAAACAAACAAAAAGGUCUGCAUUAAAAUUCUUGUGCUCCUGGUAGCGAGCAGACUCUCCCAGGGCACACUUGGGAAGGGUUAAGAGGGCACCUGGGAGCUGUCACAGAGGGAGCAAAAGCAGAAGGGCUGGAAGACGUUUGGGUGUCUGCAGGCAGUUUGGGGAGCAGGUGACCCCAGGCCAAGAAAGAAAGUGGCCACGGGAAAGGUGGAGCCCCUCCCAGAGGCGGAGAGGGCAGCUCCUCCCUGGCAGAAUGAGACCGGUCCACCGGCACUUGGACCUUGCAAAAACCAGAUCCGCCAUGGCCGGGCUCACCAAAUGGGCGCUUACCUCGUCCCUUCCCUGAUUAUUUCAUAUCCUCCUGCAGCUCUCACCCUGAAACCCCAGCCUGGCCUGCCCCCAGCCUGCUGCAGCUGGGCAUGUUAUUUUGCUCCAAAAGCACAGCCGAGGACGGCUCCUUACUCGAGGAAUGCAGGCUGCGGUCCUCCGAGCCGAUGAUGAAACAGGCUAUUUCUGCCCCGGGACAUCAGCAGGCCUCCAGGCGCUGGCUCCAAGGCACACACACGCUAUCGUGUUUUCAAUGUUUGUCUAAACAAAGGUUUUCCUCUGCACCUUGGGCUAUUUUUCUUUGCGUCUCGGUGCUGGAAUAGUUCUCAAACUCAUUCUGGAUUGAAGUUGGACUCUUGGUCAGGGUCCGGCUAAGAGGCGAGCCAUUUCUCUCUCCCCAAGUUAUCUAUUACCCGUGGCCGAUCUCAAGAUAAAAAUAGCCGCAGAAGCUGUUUGUUUAAUCUGACUGUUACUUGACACCACGCGGGUGUUGCAGUGGGGACUGUUGCCUCUUCUCCACCAAGAACACCAUUUGGUCUCCCCCGGCGGGCUCUCUAUUUAGAUGGGCCGUGAUGACAGCAAAUGUAAGCAUGAAAAGAAGUUUUAAAACUACAGAUCGUAAAACCCAGCAAGGCAGGCACCCGCAGCCCCCGCUCCUGUAACAGAAAAAUAAAACUCCCACUUCGCCAUUGCAUCUGAUCAUCAGGAAACUCUGAUUUUGUGACAAGAGGGCUGCAUCCAACCCUUCCAGAAGCAUCACCCAGGGGUGCCCACUGGCUGACGGGGACGGUCUUCCUGGCUGACAGACGAUGCAGGGGAGUAAGAAGUGCACAGACGGCUUUAGCGACUCCUCGAGCAUCGGCAGUGUGCUGGACGAUGCGGACCGGGAGGUGAGCAGCCUCACAGACCGGGCAUUCCGGAGCUUGUGCAUCUCAGAGGACGCCUCCUUCCAUGACUCCGACCUGGCCCUGUCCCCGGAUAUCACCCGCCAGGUGUUCGGGAAUCUGCAUCAGGGAACGGUGAGCCACACCCACCGGAAAAGUGGCCUUUGGAGCCAGUUACCAUCACAAGGCACCGAGCACGCGGGCUGGGCGGCCACGUUCCAACAGCUGCCCAAGUACGUUCAAGGGGAGGAGAAAUACCCCAAAAGCAGCCCCCCGCUGACACCAGCCCAGAGGAGACUGGAGGUGCCCGUUUCCGGCCUGAGGAGCAGCAACAAGCCUAUUUCCAAAGUAUCAUCACUAAUUAAAUCUUUCGACAGGACUGAGAGCCAACGCUGUGACAGCAGACCACCUCCGAGCAAGCCUCCGGCUCUCAAAAAUCCCCCCAAAUUUGCUCCUCUUCCAGAAAGUGGAGUCAACUUCUGCUUCGAUUCUGCCUUUUUGACCGUCAGGAGGGUGCCUGCCGAAGUCUCCAGCACCCAUCAGACUAGCCACCAGCCUGGCAGGAAGCACGGAGAGGAGUCCCCCAAGAACCCCGAAAUGGCCUGUCACGGAGCCAGCAGCUUUCUCCCAGCACCCGAAAACGCGGGUAACUCGUUUGAGUCAAAGUUUCCUUCUCCAGCCCACAAGGCAGCCACGGGUGAGCCUGGAAGGGGCAAGGAGUGGGCUCCCAAGGGGACUUUUCUUCAUAGUGAAAACAGUGCUUUUGAGUCCUGGAACGCCCACCAGCCGAGGCUGCCUGAGAGGAAGGAUGCUGCUGAUGCUGCCCCAGAAGGCAAGGCUCCCGUGCAUUAUGAAGACACGCCCUUGUUAAGAGAGCCCCCGGUCCCCGAGCACAAAGUCUCCCCCUGCCACGUCCGGGCCAGCUGUGGUCAGGAAGAGAAUAGGCUGGCCGCAGGGACUCUCCCCACCUCUGGACCCUGGGCAUCUAGGGAUCCCGGAGCCCAGAUAUUUGCUACGGAGGGAAAAGCUUCCAGCUCACAGCCUGACCCUCAGGUGAAGCCAAACCACGCCCCCUGGAGGAAACCAAAGCCUGGCAAAGGAACGAAAGAAAGUCUACAGGAGGCUUCGGGAGAGAGGAAGCAGGCCAACAGGAGAGGCCCAGCCUUGUAUACAAAGCACAAUCCCCAGGAGCAAUUUCCAGAAAAUGAUGCUCUUGACAUGCCUGUGGACCCCAGCGAGCAUUACGAUCCUCCUUUCAACAUCAGUAAGCUGUUGACCCCCAUCAUACCCACCAAGCAUGUCCCGGAGUCAUCCGACAGCCAGCCGGUGGAGACAACCCCGUCGCCCCCAGGACAGCUAAACGGAUACCAAGAGAAGGAGCCCAGCGAAUGUCAGUCCCGGGACAGCUACAAGUCCAAAGCCCCUAGCUUGCUGUUCAACCUCAAGGACGUGCGCAAGCGCGUGAAGAGCACAUACAGUCCCUCGCCUCUCUUGAAAGGUCUCGAUGAGAAAGCCAGAGGCCAGCAAGACUCCCUGAGCAACGGCGUCCUCCUUCCCAACGGGCUCGAGGAAAGCCCGCCAGACGAGCUGUGUAAGGAGAGACCCGCUGAAGCCCCUUCUGUGUCGCUAGUCAGUAUCCAGAAGGACCCCAAAGCCGACCCCAGUGCAGCCGCUGCAGACAACAACCUAAUUCUACCCUCACCAUCAGCUACCACCAAAGCUCCCUUCUGUGUCAACGGCGAGGCUGCCGACAGGAACGGCUAUGAGAAGGAUGACGCCAAUGGAGAAUCAGAGAUGGGUACCUCCAGGCCCGGCUGGUGUCCAGACUCCCGGGAACGCUACCCCAGGAAACACCUGUCCCUGAAGCUUUGCAGGGGAGACUCCGAGGUGGGGAAGACUGUGGAGAACCCGAAGACCCUCAGCCUAGAGAAUGGGUUCUUGAGAUCCAUCUCUCAAGAGACAGAACCCGAGAGAGAGGUAGGACUUCAGAAUCCAAACUUCAACCAGAAAUUCUCCCCAGGGCCCCUCUCUCCUGAGGAGGAAGAUGUGUUUUAUAGCGAUACCCAGUCUGAUUUUAUGCCAGGCCUCAAAGGUAGGGCCAAAUUCAGCACCAGCUCUUCGGAUCAGUCUUUUGCCUCGUUCGAGGAUCAGCAGAAGAUGUGGUUCACCGAGAGCCAGCGGGAAGACAGGAGGAAUGACGUGAGUGCAGGUGACAGUCAGAAGGAUGAGCAGGAGAAAGUGAUGGAGGAAGCUGAGCUACAUUACUGCCCCUUAAACAGUGGGCACGCACGCGUGGAGGAGCUCAGCAAGAGGGAAUCGUUGCAAGGUGAAGAGGAAAGUUUGCCUGGAGGUAGCCCCGGGAAGGCAUCGAGGAAGGAAGCUAAUUUCAGAGGCACUUGGGUUGGGGGAAGUAAGGAUACCUCUCUUUCCCAUGCCAAAGACCUAACCCCGUCACCAUCGUCCACUUCAAACAAGCACAUACUGUUUGCAAUUAAAGACAACACCCUCAGGGCCACCCCUGUGAUAAAACCCAUCAUGCUGCCCCUCUUGAGGGUCACGUCCUCAGAGUCCCCUCUGGGCAGUAGCCACAAUGAGGAGGAAUUGCCAAGGCCGGGCUGGAGCGGGGACGCUGGCCUUUGUGUUCCCGAGAGCCAGGAAAUGCCCAGCACUCCAACAUCUACCAGCGUGCGGGGUGCACACUUUAAGGGCGUGACCUGUGAGGGUAUGGAGGACCACGUGCGGGUGCCCAGUGAGGCCAGGACAGAAACCUCCCAUCCAGCUCCAAAGAGGUAUGUCCCAACUCCUCCAGUCACUAGAGAGGGCCAAGGGCUGAAGCCAACCCCAGACAUCGCAAGGCAAGUUGUGGCAAAUGACCGUAAGAGCAAUUCUGCAGACCAGGGGAAGCUGGAUGCUCCAAAGUGCAUCCCCACGAUUGCUUUGCCCGAAGGUGACCUGGAAGACCAGCCACCUCCACAGCAGCUCGGAACUUGCUGGGAAGAGCAGACACAAGGCUUCCAAAGUCACCUUUUGUCGACACCCAGGGCAGGGCCCCCGGGGAGAAGAUUGGUCCCCGGGGGGAUGGCGGUGUCCCCCAACGCCAACUCCCUGGAGGAGAACAGCGUGUGCUCCCCUGCCACCAGUAGCAUUUGGGACGAUGCUUCCCAGGCCCCCAGUGAGCUAAGCCUGCUGCCAGGGGAGCCUCCCCACAGCAGCCACUGGUCCAGCCCCGCCCCUGGCAGGGCAGCCCGCAGGGAGGACCUGACACAUGCCUUCACGUGGGAGGCUGGAUCCGACCCCCAACUUGAGCCAUCAGCAGAAGACCUCAGGACGCUUUCUCCAAGAGGCUCCUUGCUGGAUGUGGCCACCAGCUCAGCAGGCCUCCGGGAGAAGCCAGGGCCCCCUACUCAGCUGGACAGGGCAGCCGGCAAGCCACCCGCAGUCCCGCCCAAAACAGAGAAGGCCCUGCGGCGGGCGAAGAAGUUGGCAAGCAAGAGGAGAAAGAUCGACCAGCCGCAAGAAAAGCAUGGCGAACGCCGAGAGGAAAGGCUCCAUCCUGAGGACUCAGAGCAGAGGCCACCAUCCCCCGGAGAGAAGCCCCAGCCCAGGUUCCCCGUGGUCCGCUCCCUGCCCCCUCCCACGCACCGCCACUCAGUGUCAGCCUUCUCAGAGCCGGUCCGACGGCGGCCUGGGGGGUCCCAGUCCCUUACACCCCUGCCCGCUUUCCCUGCCACCCAGAAGGUCCUCCAAGACCCCCAGUCUGGAGAGUACUUUGUCUUCGAUCUGCCACUCCAGGUGAAAAUCAAGACCUUCUAUGACCCAGAGACAGGCAAAUAUGUCAAGGUCUCCAUCCCAGCCUCUGAGAGAGGUUCCCCGGAGCCAACCCCCCCAGACGCACUUGCUGCUCCCUACGUGCUGUACCCCGGCUUCCGGCCCCUGCCCAUGACGGCCCUGAUGCCCCUGCGCUGCUCCUCUCAGCUCUCCGCCCCCACCUUCCUAAGGCAGCCCCCUCACAUCACCGAGGCAGUGGGCCCCAGGCCCCAGAGCGCCCAUGAUGCUGCCCUGCAGCUGACCUCUGAGCCUCCUGGCGACCCCACCCAGCACUCGGCAGGCCGGCGCCCUGAGGGGCCACCCCAGAGCCCGGGGGAGGGUGGGGAAGAUGCUCCAAGCCUGGGCAUCAUCUCUACCAAUGACCUGGAGGACUUUGCCACAGAAGGCAUUUCUUGAGAAUUACAGCAGACGAACUCCCCUCCUAGUAAACCCCGGAGAGCUUACUUGCCCCUCCCCCAGAACAAUCAGUCCCCACCCCCAAACACACGCGCACACACACACACACAUACU